ACCAGCCCAGGGUUUCUGAACCUAAACACCUCAGCCUUGGCAAUGGCACCCACAACAACAAAUACAACAAACGAAACCAUCUCCAGAAAUAUCAACAUCAGCACCCUGAUCCCAAACUUGAUGAUCUCCAUCUUCGGACUGGUCGGGCUGACAGGAAAUGCCAUUGUGUUCUGGCUCCUGGGCUUCCGCUUGCGCAGGAAUGUCUUCACAGUCUAUAUCCUAAACUUGGCUCUGGCUGACUUCCUCUUCCUCUUCUGUCACAUCAUAUCUGUCCCAAUGUUUCUUCUCAAGUUUUUCUCCCACAACAGUAUGUUUCUCAGAUGCUUUUACACCUUCAUGGUGGUUCUCUACAUCAUGGGUCUGAGCAUACUCAGUGCCAUCAGCACUGAGCACUGCCUCUCUGUCCUGUGCCCCAUCUGGUAUCACUGCCUCCGCCCAGAACACACAUCAACUGUCAUGUGUGCUGCAAUCUGGGUCCUGUCCCUGUUGGUAUGCAUUCAGAAUAGGUAUUUCUGCAGUCUCUUAGAUACCAAAUAUGUAAAUGUCUAUGGGUGUCUGGUUUCGAGCUACUUUAAUGCUGCAUACCUGAUGAUUUUGCUUGUGGUCCUCUGUCUACACAGCCUGGCUCUACUGGCCAGGUUGUUCUGUGGCGCUGGGCGGAUGAAGCUUACCAGAUUGUAUGUGACCAUCAUGCUGACCAUUUUGGUUUUUCUCCUCUGCGGGUUGUCCUUUGGCUUAUACUGGUUCCUGUUAAACCAGAUUAACUAUGUUUUUACUAUAUCUGAGCUUAAACUUUAUCAGGCAACACGUGUCCUGACUGCUAUUAACAGCUGUGCCAACCCCAUCAUUUACUUCUUCGUGGGCUCCUUCAGGCAUCGGUUGAAGCAACAGACCCUCAAAGUGGUUCUCCAGAGGGCACUGCAGGACACUCCUGAGACAGCUGAAAACAUGGUGGAGAUGUCAAGAAGCAAAGCAGAGCCAUGA